GCCCCCCCGGGCGGGGCGGGGCGCCCGGGGCCGCCCCAUCACGUGUCGCCGCCGCCGCCGCCGCGCGCACCGGGGGGAGGCGGGAGCGGCGGGAGCGGCGGGAGCGGAGCAUGGCAGCGCUGGCGGCCGCCUCCCCCGGCGGGGACGAGUGUCUGGAGGAGGAUGAGGAUGAGCUGGAGCCGGGGCUGGACGAGGCGGAGGCCGAGCAGGGGGUCGGGAGCGGCGCGAAGGCGGCGGGGGGGCCCCGGGGCGCCGUUCUGACCCGCAGAGGGAUCACCCUGAGGGUCCUGCUCCGAGACGGGCUCCUGGAGCCGGGCAGGGGCGUCCUGUCCAUCUACUACCUGGGCAAGAAGUUCGUGGGGGACCUGGGCUCGGACGGGACGAUCACCUGGCAGGAGACGGGGCAAGUGUUCAACUCGCCGAGCGCUUGGGCCACGCACUGCAAGCGCCUGGUGAACCCCGCCAAGAAGUCGGGCUGCGGCUGGGCGUCCGUGCGCUACAAGGGCCAGAAGCUGGACCAGUACAAAGCCGCGUGGCUGCGCAAGCACCAGCCCAACGUGCCACCCCCCGAGGAGGUGGGAGCGGGGUCACCUCCCCCUGGCACCCCCAGGGUGCGGGGCGAGCCGGGUGCCAGCCCCGUGUGCCCGCAGAGCUUGGCCAGCGAGGGCGAGGAGGAGGAGCUGCCCGAGGAGGAGGAGGAGGAGGCGGCGAGGGAGGGCCGGGUGCCGCUGCCGGAGCCGGCGGCUCCCAAAAAGCCGGAGGAGAGGAGCAAGAAGCAGCAGGGCAAGAGCCUGGCGGAGCCGGCGGGGACGGAUCCCGGCAGCGCAGGGAAAAGGCCGGAGGUGAAACCCCGGGUGCCCGUCCGCUACUGCACCCUGGGCACCCGCGACUCGGCCAGGAACCCCCAGACCCUGGUGGAGGUGACGUCCUUUGCCGCCAUCAACAAAUUCCAGCCCUUCAACGUGGCCAUCUCCAGCAACGUCCUCCUGCUCCUGGAUUUCCACAGCCACCUGACGCGGAGUGAAGUGGUGGGGUACCUGGGGGGGCGGUGGGACACCAACACGCAGUUGCUCACGGUGCUCCGAGCCUUCCCCUGCCGGACCCGCCUGGGGGACGCCGAAGCCGCGGGCGCUGUGGAGGAGGAGAUCUGCCAGAGCCUGUUCCUGCGGGGGCUGUCGCUGGUGGGGUGGUACCACAGCCACCCCUUCGGGCCCGCGCUGCCGUCCCUGCACGACAUCGACGCGCAGAUGGAUUAUCAGCUCAAGCUGCAGGGCAGCGGCAACGCCUUCCAGCCCUGCCUGGGGCUCAUCUGCGGGCCCUUCUACCACGGCAACCCCGGCGUGGAGUCCAAAAUCGCUCCCUUCUGGGUGAUGCCACCGCCAGAGCAACGCCCCAAUGACUACGGGAUCCCCAUGGAUGUGGAGGUCACCUACAUGCAGGACGGAUUCCUCACCAACGACGUCGUGCAGGAGAUGACGCUGCUGGUGGAGUUCUACAAGGGCGCCCCUGACCUGGUGAAGUUCCAGGAGCUCUGGAGUCAGGAUCAGACCUACCUGGACAAGCUGAAGGGCUCCCUGGCCUCCCGCACCCCCAAAGACCAGAGCUUCACCCACGUCCUGGAGCAGAUCUUCAGCCUCCUCAAGCUCAGCGGGUGAGGCCGGGCCGUGGCUCGGAGCAGGCGGAUCCCGCAGGAUCCCGGGCGGGGCUCGGCGGCCGGGGCUGACCCGGGGCUGACCCGGGGCUGACCCGGAGCUCCCCCGUGCCCCGGGGCUCAGCGCUUUGUGCCAGUGCUAGUUCCAUUAAAGAGCAGUUCCCGAGAGGCGCUCUGCUGGCUCGGGGACAUCCUGCCAUGGCCUGCGUGAGGGAAUUCCUCCCUGGCAGGGUGGGCAGGGCUGGCACAGGUGCCCAGAGCAGCUGUGGCUGCCCCUGGAUCCCUGGCAGUGUCCCAGGCCGGGCUGGAUGGGGCUUGGAGCAGCCUGGGCCAGGGGAAGGUGUCCCUGCCCACGACCCUCCAGGUCCCAUCCAACCCAAACCAUUCCCUGAUUUCAUGAUGCAGCCGUUAGAAAGAAGAAAACAUUUAAUACUUUCAUUCAGAGAUACAAGUCAAGAAUUGUGGGUCAUCACUUUUUUUUCCCCUAAAAACCAGGAGAAACCAUUACAAAAAAAAAAAAAAAAAAAAAAAAAAAAGACCUAGCGAGUUGUCCCAGCUGACAGAACACGUUUCAAUCCAUCUGAGGGUGUCCCCAGGAUGUGACCCUGGUCCCCUGGGGUGGGGACAGCAGGAAAGGCCCCCAGGACUCCCUGCCCUGCUGGGAGCAGGGGGGGCUGCCCUGUGCCCCCCUGGGGCCGGGGUCACUGCUGGGGGGGUCAGACACACGUGGACAUGCACAGACCAAAUCCUUACAGAGGAGCGGGAGCAGCAGGGACAGGGGGGCUGCAGCACAGCCCUGCCCCGAGCUGGGGCUCACACAGCGGGGCUGGGGCCCCUCCCAGCCCCAGGAGGGGAAGAACCCAUUUCAGAAAGGAAAAGCAGGGAGCUGAGCGCUGCUCUGCAGCCCCACCCAACCCCAGCCCCACCUCCUGGCCAGCAAAGGGACAGCUGAGGGGAAGGGUGGCAGAAGGGACACCGAGAUGAACCAUCCCUUUUCCCUCCAGUCCAGGGCAGAGGGGUGCAGUGAGCCCAGGGAGGGGGGCUCUGGGCAGGGUGGGGGCACAGGGAAGGCACCUGAGGCCCAGGUGAGCCCCAGCCACAGGAGGAGCCACAAGCUCUGCCCCAGCACAGACACACCCCGGGUGUGGCCCAGCUCCUCCCCAUGCAGGUGUGACCGACUUGGGAGAGUUUGCAGCAGGAAAAGCCUGAGGUCCAGAAAAAAAAAAAAACAAAACCAUGGGCAGAAGGAACAUCCCUUCUGUCCCUCAGGAUGGGCAGGGAUGGCUCCGAGCCCCAGGGAUGGCUCUGAGAGCCAGGGAUGGCUCCGAGCCCCAGGGAUGGCUCCAAACCCCAGGGAUGGCCCCAAGCCCCAGGGAUGGCUCCAAGCCCCAGGGAUGGCCCCAAGCCCCAGGGAUGGCUCUGAGAGCCAGGGAUGACCCCAAGCCCCAGGGAUGGCUCCGAGCCCCAGGGCUGGCUCUGAGAGCUGGGGAUGGCCCCAGGCUCAGCACCUGCCCUGCAGGGCUGCCGUAGUGUUCGCUGGGUGUUGUAGUGUUGCUGUGCCCCAGCUGCCCUCCCCUGAUCCCUCUGGGAUCCCUGGGGACAGGGGCAGCGUUGGCUGGGGCAGGAGGGUGGGGUUGGGGCUGCCCCAGGGCCGCUGUGUCCCAGACACAUCCCGGCUGUCCCACCUCAUCCGGGGGCUGGACCCAAAGGACAGAUGGGAACUGGGGAGGGACAGGGACAAGGACAAGGACAGGGACAGGGCAGUGCCAGCAGCACAGCCAGGGUUAGGGGCACGCAAAGUACCGAAGUUCAAGCACCAGAAGGACAAAAAAAACCCGAAAAAAAAAAAGAUAAAAAAAAAGAAAA